GUUCCGGAUACAACAACGAACAGAGAGCGGAAUGCAACUCAUUUAUGUGUAAUCAUACAUAUACCAUAAAAUCCCAACGGACAUCUCUUUUAAUAUUUGUCCCCAUUGCGGUUAUAGGUUGGCUUUUCAAAAACACCCUAGAAUCUUACAAAACUUAUCAAGGAAAUGAUCGUUGCCAGACAUGGUGAUAAUCUCCUCUUAUUGUAACACUACUUCUACUACUAUUACUGAUACUAAUGAUCUCCGUUUACUGGAGAAGAAUUCAUUCCGUUCCCCGCUUCUUCGCUGUCGAAGCCGUCGAUCGCGACAUAAUCGUACUGGUACCGCUAUUGUCAUCCUCGCUGCACUCCUCCUCUCCACCACGGCUUGGCUAUCUCUCGUCUUCUCUGGAACCACUACCCGUUGCUGGCUAAGCUUUAAGAACUGGGAAGCAAGCCCCCAUUCUCGUUUUGAUUUUCAUUCUCAUUACAAACCCUCAUCCGCAUCCUUCCCCUCUCCGCCUCCGCCUCCGCCUCCACCUUCAUCCACAUCUCGCAAUCGCAGUCUGUCUGAGCAGGAACAAGAAGAGGAUUUGUCUCUCAAGCACAUAGUCUUCGGAAUCGCUGGAUCCUCUCGCCUCUGGAAACACCGCAAGGAGUUGGUGAGACUGUGGUGGCUUCCUAGUAUGCGUGGCCAUGUCUGGCUGGACAACAUGGUGCCUUCUGAGAAGGACGAUCAUUCCUUACCUCCUAUCAUGCUUUCCGAGGACAUUUCCCGCUUCCGCUACACCAAUCCCACUGGCCAUCCUUCUGGACUUCGGAUCUCUCGCAUUGUCAUCGAAUGCUUUCGCCUCCGACUACCUAAUGUUCGCUGGUUUGUUCUCGGUGAUGACGACACCGUUUUCAAUGUUGAUAAUCUUGUUGCUGUUCUUAGCAAGUAUAAUCCUUCUGAGAUGGUUUAUAUAGGUAGCCCCUCUGAGAGCCACUCUGCUAAUACCUAUUUUAGUCACUCUAUGGCCUUUGGAGGUGGUGGGAUUGCCAUUAGCUACCCGCUCGCCGAAGCCCUCUCCAAAAUUCACGAUGAUUGUCUUGAGAGAUAUCCUAAGCUCUAUGGAAGUGAUGACCGGCUACAUGCCUGCAUUACCGAACUAGGCAUUCCUUUAACUGUAGAGCAUGGCUUCCAUCAGGUAUUGCUGUCUUUAAUACUUUGUAGUAUGAGUAGCCCCUCUGAGAGCCACUCUGCUAAUACUAUUUUAGUCACUCUAUGGCCUUUGGAGGUGGUGGGAUUGCCAUUAGCUACCCGCUCGCCGAAGCUCUCCAAAAUUCACGAUGAUUGUCUUGAGAGAUAUCCUAAGCUCUAUGGAAGUGAUGACCGGCUACAUGCCUGCAUUACCGAACUAGGCAUUCCUUUAACUGUAGAGCAUGGCUCCAUCAGGUAUUGCUUGGGGAAUAUUAGGGGUAAUGCUCAUGGUCUAUUAUCCUCUCACCCUAUUGCACCAUUUGUAUCCAUUCACCAUGUUGAAGCUGUGGAUCCUUUUUAUCCUGGUUUUACAUCUUUGGAUAGUUUAAAACUCUUCACCAAAGCCAUGAAAACGGAUCCCAGGAGCUUUUUACAGCGAUCAAUUUGCUAUGACUGGGCAGGCCGUUAUACAUUUUCGGUUUCACUUGGUUAUGUUGUCCAAGUCUACCCAAACAUCGUGCUUCCCCGUGACCUGGACCGCUCUGAGAAGACUUACUCUGCUUGGAACAGAAUAAGUAACCGCAAUGAAUUUGAUUUUGACACCAGGGAUCCUCAUAGAUCUAUUUGUAAAAAGCCGAUUUUAUUUUACUUGAAAGAUAUAGAUGGACAAGGCAAUGCUACAGUGGGAUCGUAUGUACGAGCUACAGGAAAAGAUUAUUUGAAAAGAAAAGUUUUCUGCUUCCCACAUUCACCUCCACUGCGUCACAUCAAGAACAUCCAGGUGUUGGGCCAUCCUCCCAGGAAGAAUUGGCAUUUGGUACCCCGUCGAUUUUGUUGCAAAGUAAACCAAACUGAUGAUGAAAUCCUUAAAAUAACGGUUGGCCAGUGUGGGAAUGGAGCUUUAAGUUCUGUUACUGAUUCUGUGUGAAUGCUGGACCGGAUGGUGGCUAUUGGUCUGAGCACAACUAUAUAGAAUGUGUUUAGUUAAGAAGAAGGGCUCUCAACUACCUUAGUCUUUUUACAUUGUUUAGCCAUAUCGAUUUCACCUCUGUUUUGCAACGACCAUUAGUCAACUUACAUCCAGCAUUUUCAAAACACUUGCGUGCAGAUUGCAGGUAAGAGUGUGUCAUUGCUAAUCCUCCGUUUGGAGAUA